UCAGCUGUGCUUGACACCGAUGGGCACGCGGGAGAACGUAUGCGUGAAGAACUCGAAAAAGAAAACAAUCCGUGGCGUUCCCAUAUUGGAUUCGACAAAUAAAUAGAUCGCCUUGACACCGAUCGUAUCGUAACCUAGGUCGACGCACAAAGACAACGACCGUGAUCUCGAGCUCACGAAUCACGAUGAAGGCCCGCACCACCGCGCUCGCGUGCCCCGGCCUGGCGGCGUUCGCCCUGCGCCUCAUCAGCGAGCUCUCGUCGGCGAGCGCGACCGGCAACCUCGUCUUCUCGCCGCUGUCCAUCUACGCCGCGCUCGCCCUCACGUCCGCGGGCGCCCGGGGCGCGACUCUCCAGCAGCUGCUCGCCCUUCUCGGCGCCAAGUCCCGCAAGGACCUCGCCAAGAUCGUCCGCGGCCUCUCGGAGCAGGCCCUCGUCGACCGCACGCCGGGCGUGUUAGCACUAAUCUUGACGUGCAUGGUUCCGUUGGCAGCCGAGUCCCGCGGCUGUGACGAGCGGGGCGUCUGGUGGAGCUGGCAAGUCCUUGAGUGCAUGGAUAAGGUCGUUAUCUAGUUGCAUGCAUGUAGCUAGUGGGUUAGUGGCCAGGUCAUGUGGUGUGGUGCAUGCGUGCGUGGAGUUAGUGGCCGGUGUGUUGGCUGGAUGGUGUGCGUGCAUCUGGAUAUAAAAGGCCCUCUGUUGUACUGCUCGUGUGUGGUGUGAGUUCGAGUUCGUGCUCGAGGAAAAAGCCGUUCGUGCAGCAGACGUAUGUGCGCCCGAAAAACACCACCGUGUCCCGUGUCUUCUUUUUCUUCUACCUUCGUUCGUGCGAGAGAGAGCGAGGGAGCUGGGCACCGGCGCAAAGAGCAAGCUAGGGCUCGGCGCCAACAGGGCGGCGGGCCGCGCGUCUCCUUCGCGUGCGGCGUGUGGCACGACGAGACCCGGAAGCUCAGGCCAUCCUUCCGCGAAGCCGCCGCCCAGUCCUACAAGGCGGAAACCGGCGGCGUCGACUUCCGUGAAAAGCAGGAGAAGCCGUGAAGCAGAUCAACGCCUGGGCGGCGGCGGCGACGAACAACCUCAUCGACUCGGUGCUCACCGAGCAGCAGGUGUCCACUGAGACGGACGUCGUCGUGGCCAACGCCGUCUACUUCAAGGCCACGUGGGACUCCCCCUUCCGCGAGCGCAACACCGAGGACGACAAGUUCUACCGCCUCGACGGCACCGCCUUUGAUGUCGCCUUCAUGCAGAGCGGCAAGAAGCAGUACAUCGCCUGCCACCAAGGGUUCAAGGUGCUCAAGCUCGACUACAG